ACUUUUGCAGACGCCAUGAAGAUCGCUCUUCUACUUUCAUUUAUGUCUGUGGCGGCGGCGUUUACCGAUUUGCCGAGUGAUCCCGCAUUCUACGAAACCUUCAUGAAGAACUCGACAGCUAUCAAGCUGCAUUUCGGUUGUCUUUUUGACAUGAACCCGUGCGAUGACUUCGGGAGCCAUUCCAAAAAGCAUUUCGCCGACGCGCUCAAAAACAAGCACGUAGACUGUAAGGAAUGCGACCCGGUACAGAAGCAUAUCAGCCACAUCCUGGAUCAGGUGAUACAUCAGGAAGAAUACAAGGAGUACUUGGACGUGUUCAGGACAAAGUACGACCCAGAGGGGAAAUACUUGGCGGAAUUUGAGGAGAGCGUUAAAGACUAUUAAUUAGACUUUAGAGCAGCUCACAGACUCUUUUGGUGGCGGAAUCCUUUUAACAGGGUAGACAGAACUAAGAAGUACCUCGGCUUCAAACAAACGGGAGAAUCUACGCAAGUUGAGCACUAGUAUCUAUUUCGACAUGUUUCACAAUGCUGAGUAACGCAUUAGUAAGGCGCGCGCUGGCCGAUAUGACAAACUACGUGAAGCGUAUGAGAUCUCUUCUGUGUUGGCCUACUCGUUAGUUAUGUUUACUCUGCUUUUAAUGACCAAAGCUAAAACA